AUGACAGCUAUACUAUUCUCAGUUUGGGAAUGGUCAGGAUCGGCUUUGGAUGAGGGAGAUGAAGCAUCUAAAUGGUUCACUAAUUAUCUUGGCAAGCCAAGUCGGUUAGUGUGUUUUAAUGAAGAGUCGGAGACUAGACAUGUGGACCCAAAUUAUGCAUCUGGAUUCAGAGUUAUGUUUUCUGAUGGAUAUCCGUUCCUUGUAGUGUCCCAGGAGUCUCUAGAUUCAUUGAAUGAACGUCUUCAGGAACCUGUACCAAUAAACCGGUUCAGACCAAAGUUUACAUAAUUUUUCGGUGUUGGGUUGUUUAUCAUCAAACAUUUUAGAAUUUUUUGUCCAGUUGGGUUGGA